ACGGGAUCGCAGCAUUCGCAGGCAUGACAUCUACAAAACGACGUUACGUGACACGGACCCGUAGAUUUACCCACGGCCACCCGUACCGCACCCGGACCCGGCCAGGACCACCCACAGCACACGCACUGCUAGCUCAUUCGCUGCUGCGGUAGAUCUACUCGGUAGCUCACCUCGGCGAAACGUUCCGCACUGGAGCUUCGUGGUGAAAUAUUUUCACUGCAGCGCUAGCUGUAGUUUCUUCAGUUUUUCAUGCUACAGCCAGUACAGGCAGCUUGUAGACGAGUUGUUGUUGGCAGCGAGGUGGUGUUACAGUUAGUUUAGCCGUCUGCUGCUUCGUGUCGAAGUUUGUUUGGGUGCAGGCUGUGUAAGAAUCUGUGUGUUAGCCAAAGGGUUUCAUCGAAGUUUCCUAGUGGCUCGGAGGCUCCAUUCGACUGCUCCAUACCAUCACGACGUAGAGAACCGGUACAGCCUAUCCGGCCACGACGUUCGAAGUCGUGUCCAGGAUUCAAGCAAACCGUGACUCCUGGCUGCAGGAGCGCUCGCCGCUGGACGUUCAUCGUCCCCGUUUGUCAUGGUGUUCCAGUGAUUCUGGAUGGUGACUGACGUCCGUGACUUUUUUUGUUGUCGCAGUCAUGGCUGCAGCUGCAGAGAGCCACGCGGUCAACACAUGGCCAUGGUCAAGCCAGAUGUUCCGCAAGUGGAUCCCACGCCUCCAAGCAGCGCUCAGCUGCGAUGCAAUUCGUGUUGAAUGCUGUGCCAAGCGGUUGAUCUCCGAUGCGCAGAAGAAGGAAUUGAUGGCGAUAAAAGAUUCUGCCAAACACAAUGACCGACUGCUAGAUAUGCUGAGCAGGGGUACAGCUGAGACUUUCCACACCUUCUGUAGUAUUGUGCGUAGCACCGAACCUGAAGAAAACUUUUCAAAGUUCCUAGAUGACAUGCAGUCAGUGGAUACCUUUGUUGGAGGCAAUGAAGAUGCAGCAAAUAGAGUAACUCGACGUCAACCAGCCCGGUUCACCGGGAACCCACCACCUUCACCCAGCCAAGCAACUCGGUCUCCGCCAGCCAUAGCACCCAAACCAAAGCCUGCUGUUAAACACCGGGCUACUCACGCAUCUCCCCCCAAGCCCACCGGCACCUCUGCAAUGAUAGCGGCCUUCAAUUCAGCCGGCCAGGAACAGAAACUGGCUGGAACUCAACCUUCAAAACCUAGUCAAGCCCCCCAGCCUCCUACUCGCCCAAAGCCCGCCACUCCCCACAACACAGCAAGAACAGUGGAAACUAAGGAUCCCACUACGGUUCACAGAGUGCAGCCGGUAGUGCCUUCUGAUCCUGUGUCUCCUUCACGACCACCGCUCUGUGACCACACACGACUAGCCGCUGGCGGUAACCAAUCAAUGGGCACUCAGGCAGCGACAUCUGCCCCAGCAGAUCCCAAGCCCUCUCCGAAACCUAGACAAGCUGCUCCUUUCAGGUCUGCUAGUGUCUCUACACUAGCAUCUGGUUUUGAAUCAGAUAGGUACGAAGCAGUCAGACUGCCCUCGGAUCAAGCCCCAAAGCCCAAACCGCGCCAAAUGGCCAUCACUGGUGCCAGGGCAGCUAGCUUGGCCAUGAGCCCAGCCAUAGCUGUGCAGCAAGUUCAGCGGUCAGCACUGCCAACAGAGAGCUUAGCUGCCAAGCCCAUUGCCCUGCCUACGACUGGAGGCGUGUCGAUCGCCAAGAAUGCAACAGGAGAUUCAGCUACGCCUCCGCAGCCCAACUCUCUGGGUCAAGCAGGCAACACAGGUCCAUGGUCAGGCCAGGUGUUCCGGAAGUGGAUCCCACACCUCAAAGCAGCGCUCAGCUGUGGCACAAUCCGCACGGAAUGCCUUGCCGAAGGGCUGCUCACCGAUCCGCAGAAGAAGGAAUUGAUGGGAGUAGAAGAUGAUUCUGCCAAACACAAUGACCGACUGCUAGAUAUGCUGAGCAGGGGUACAGCUGAGACUUUCCACACCUUCUGUAGUAUUGUGCGUAGCACCGAACCUGAAGCAAACUUUUCAAAGUUCCUGGAUGACAUGCAGUCAGUGGAUACCUUUGUUGCAGUUUCGCCAGAGUGCAAGAAAGACUGUAAUAAAGUGGUAGACCUGAUGAAAGAGUUCUCAGCACCGGAACGUCAACGGGUGGUCCACACUGCCAAGAAUGUGGCACGAAUGCGCACGUCACAGACCAUCCUCGACAAGGGAAAGAAACCCAUUCACGUACCACAGCCAACUUCACCUAAGAGCGUAGACCUGCUGAGGAUGCAGAACAUGGAAGAUGAACAACGGGAAGCGGCAUUGACUGAAAUCGACCACUUGGUGUCCAACACUAUCAUCAUUGAUGACACGAAGGACUGUGCAGAUGAGGCAGAGAAGUACCAGGGUCACGUGACACGGGCGGACGGCCAAGUUGAAAAAUCGCCAGCUGAUUGUUUCAUCAGCAUGGGCAGUGGAUCUGCCAGGGAUGACCGCAGCAUUUCAGAGACCAAGCAGUACUUGAAGGAUACUGGCUUCAUCGACGAGAACACGGUCGUCACAGAGAUCACUGAAUAUGAACUAGUCCCUGUGACUAGGCUGGCCAUUCGUGACAGCAAACGACUGAAGUUUAAAGAUCAGAGGUCAUCUAUAGUGAAGUUCAUCAUCGACUGUGAAUAUAAUCACACGGCUCCGAGUUUCAUUAAAAGUGUCAUUCGUAAUCUCCGCAAUCUCCUUGGCGAUUGGAGCAUCCACGCCGACAGCGUGCACGGCGAGAGCGGAGGCACAGCAGUGUUUGUACAGAUGUCUGCCAAGGCUCAUACCAGGCUCUGGGAGUUCUGUAAGGAUCGAUCUAGCCUGCUCGCUGGUCUGCACAUUCUGGAAGUGUCAACUGUGGACGGAGCAGUAGUCUUCAAUUUCCGUCCCACGACAUGCAGUGGCGAAGGUAUUACUCCUGAUGACCAAAAGCGCUUGGUUGAAGAGUUCUCCAAGAGAUAUCCAUCCUUGGACCGAGAUGAGCUGUCUGUCGCUGUGGCUGACCAACAGAACGUUCAGCAUGCAGUGAUUGCACUGACCAAGCUCGUCUUCGAUGAUGACGGAGCAUGCUUGAAUGCACUGCCUGAGAUUCUUCGUCGUGUGGCGGCAAGAACGGCAACUUCUACCCCUGCUCACGUUGUUCUCGUUGCAUUUAUUGGACCUGCAGCAGACUGUUCACCUGGUUUGUGA